CAGACCUCACGUAGCACUCCUUGGACACUCUCUGUGGCAUCCAGCAUGCCCGGAACCGUAGGUAUGUGCCAAGGCGCCGAGGAAGAGCCUCGCCCACGCACGGAAUACGGUUCCCUCCACACCCCUACCCUCCUUUAAAUGGGACCCCAUAUGGUGAUAGGGAGGGCUAGAGUGUGGCAAACCAAGCCGCAUAUACUUCCGCUGCAUCAGCCUCUAGAUAAGCAAUAUCUGCUGCUCACAUGGUUACAUAGAUCGCCGGUAGAGGUCCUUCUUGAUGAGGACGGUGGGGAGGGAAGAUGAAUGCCGGUAUUAUAAAAGCGUCAGCGUUACCCUACUCACUAUUCAUGACAUUCUUGAAUUUUCCACUCACUUGAACGCCAUUCCGUCUGUUUAUAUAGCUAGAUAGCUUGCGAUACCAAUCUGUGCUUUGAAGGUAAUAAUUGUGCCGAGUCUCACGAUAUGAGGGAAGAGAUAACCCGGGCCGCACAGGCCCCAGAGACCACCACCGCCGAACGUAAGAUGGGGGCAUCUGAGACUUCUAUACAAUGCGAAGAUCUUGGGAAGCCGACUGCUGUCUCGGUGGAUCCCGCUCAUCGCGCCCGCGUGGAGAAAUCGCUGAAGAGAAAGUUGGACUGGCGCUGUUCGCUCUUCAUAUUGAUUUACAUCCUCAACUACCUAGACCGAAACAACAUCGCAAGUGCGAGGCUUAGGGGCCUUCAGACAGAUCUAAACAUCGACGAUACACAAUACUCGACAUGCCUAAGUAUCCUUUAUAUCGGGUACAUACUUAUGCAAGUCCCAUCGAACAUUCUGAUCAACCGGAUCGAACGGCCGUCCCUCUACAUCUCGUCCGCCAUGCUGCUCUGGGGGCUCAUAUCUACGCUGACCGGAAAUACCAACAACUUCACCGAGAUGGUUAUCGUGCGGUUCUUCCUCGGCUUCGUCGAGGCCGCUUUCCUGCCCGGAGCGCUCCUCAUCCAAUCGAAGUGGUACACGCGGAGGGAGCUUGCGACGAGGAAUGCGGUUCUCUUCUGCGGAAACAUCAUCUCGAACGCGUUUUCGGCCCUCGUCGGCGCCGGUGUCUUAUCGAAUAUGCAGGGCGUUCUGGGCCAUGCUGCUUGGCGAUGGCUCUUCUGGAUUGAGGGCGCAGCUACCAUGACCGUCGCUAUCUGCGCAGCGUUUAUCCUCCCGGACCUACCGCAUAAUUCGCGCGGCUUCACGGCUGAAGAACUCGAGGUCGCACAGCUGAGAAUGGUCGAGGAUGUCGGCGAAGCUGACGUCGAUGGCGCCGGCCAGGGCCUGUUUGAAGGCCUUGUUAUGGCCGUCAGGGACCCCAAGAUCUACAUCUUUACGCUCUUCCAAACGACAUUAACGCUCGGCCUUACGUUCAAUGCCUUCUUCCCAACUCUUACUGGGACGCUCGGGUUCGAUUACGUUCCAACGCUGCUGAUGUCCUCCCCCCCGUGGGUCCUCGCGUGCGUCGUCUCGCUGAUCAACGCCUGGCACGCCGACCGGACGCAAGAGAAGUUCUGGCACAUCGUCGGCCCGGUCGUCGCGGGGACGGCGGGCUUCGUGAUCUGCAUGGCGACGUCGGACGUGGCGGCGCGGUACGUGGCGCUGUUCCUGCAGGCGAGCGCGUACGCGGGGCUGAUCGUGUCGUACUCGUGGAUCAGCGCGUCGUUCCCGCGGCCGCCGGCGAAGCGGGCGGUGGCCAUCGCGCUGAUCAACGCCGUCUCGCAGCUCGGCAACGUCGCCGGCAGCUACGUCUGGGACAUGGGCGACGACGGCUUCCGCCGCAGCUACGGCGUCGUCACCGCCAUGUUCGGCCUCACCGUCGCCGGCGCCGCCCUCUUCCGCGCCGUCCUCGCCCGCCUCAACCGCCGCCUGGCCAACCGCGAGCGCGCGUGGGACGCCCGCCCCGACGUCGGAGAGCGCACAGCCCAGAUGGAGCGCCUCGAGAGCCCCGACGAGGCGCUGCGGAUGCGGAGGGGGUUCAGGUAUCUGUUAUAGGGGGGAUUCCAGGAGAGAGAGGUUUAUCUAUUUGGGAUGUGAAUACUGGUAGAGCAUACUUAACUAGACUGUGUGUGCUUCUCUUGCGGGAAAUAUUGAACGACGUGCCAGCGUAGGCGCCGCCGUUGAUCAGGAUACCUACAGAAGGGAUUUCCCCUUAAGUGUAUAUAGGUGCCCAUGGGUUAUCAACUCGUAAAGUGAUAGAUAUUAUAUCGGUCCUGCUUAAAUGAAUCAAGAGGACUUUACGAUAAUAAGUCCGCGGCGUUAACCGAA